GGUAAUGUUUACACGAAACUGGCAAGUGCGCAACGAGCAUACGUGCGCCCUUUUGAUAAUUUUUUUUUGUUAUUGUUAAACUUUGCCAUUUUAUAAAGCGGUUGGAAGUUCGCAUAGUUAAUUAUAUAUAGUUACGGUAGGCUAUGUUAAACAAAAUGUAUUCACAUAUUUUGUACAACGUACAUUUAAAUUUCAAAAAGAUAGUUUAUUGCUGACAUGACAGAAAUUCCGUGGAAAACCUACACUGAGAAUCAGAAGUUUUCAUGUUUUGAUGAAAGCACGGAGAAGGACUGGAACGGCAACUUCUACUUCGUCCAGACGGCCGACAUCCAGUUUGGCCUGAUCCAGCGCUACCUGGAGAACAACCCGCAGCCGGGCUGGGCCAAGGAGACCGCGUUGGCGGAGCUGGCCGUCGAGAAGGUCAACAGGAUGAGACCGCGGCCCCGCUUCAUGGUGAUGUGUGGCGACCUGUGUGACGCGUUCCCAGAGCAGCAGCCAGAACUCCGUGAGCAACAAGAGAAGGAGUUCAAGAGGAUAUUCAGCAAGCUACACCAAGACAUCCCGCUGGUUUGUGUGUGCGGCAAUCAUGACGUUGGGGACGAGCCAACGGCUAAAAGUGUCCAGGCGUAUCGCAAUUCAUUUGGUGAUGACUACUUUACAUUUUGGUGUGGUGGUAUUUUCUUCAUUGUGAUAAAUUCACAAUUCCUCUGGGACAGUAGCAAGGUUCAAGACAUAGCCCAGGAACAUGAGGAAUGGCUUAAUUGUGUACUAGCAGAAGCUAAGAAAAAUAAGGUGAAGCGAGCGAUGGUUUUCCAGCACAUACCUUGGUUUCUGUAUAGCCCUGAUGAAAACGAAUCAAACUAUUUCUGCCUGAACUUGGAAACACGUAUGAAAUGGAUGGACAAAUUGAGGGAGGCGGGUGUUCAGUACACCUUCUGCGGACACUACCACCAGAACGCCGGCGGGGCGUACAAGGACCUGAGAGUGGUCACCACGUCGGCGAUGGGCGGCCAGCUGGGGAAGGACAGCCCGGGCGUGAGAGUGGUGCGCGUGCAAGAGAGGACGGUGGACCACGUCUACUACAGCCUGGAGAACAUCCCCUCCGUCAUCCAGGUGGACCAGCCCGAGUGAACGGCGCUGCACCCGUUGGCUUCCGAUCAGGUCCGCUCGUGUGCCCACAGAAAGCUUAUGAUUAUCUGUGUUGGUUGGUUGCCAAGGGGAUAAGUCAUAUAUUGGUUACUGAUGGACCCGUGCCACCAGGCAUUCCUAGAGACAAGAAUGUAUGACUAUUUUCGUUUUUAAAACGAGAGUUUUUCGUGUUAUUGUUUUUAUAUUUUAUGAACUCUGUUUAUCAUAAACAUAGCACAUUUAUCAAUGAAACUUGCUUCACCAAAACAGUGUUGAUGGUUGACCAGUAGUGUAGCCAGGAUUUGUGUCUGGGGGGGGGGGGGGGUGUUCAAGAAGCUUGGUUUCCCCCCUGUUAAGGGGCCCGCCUACCCGGGCACACAUACGGUGUGCAGAGCUUCAGGAAAAACAACGCGAUUUCAAAACUACUCAAGAUAUCGGAGUGGGACCUAUUUACGAAUAGCAUUUAAGCGUUCGCUGAGGACCGAAAAGUACUUUUAAUUUCAGAUUAAGUUUUUAAACUGUAUUUUUAUAAGCGUUAAAAUGCCUAAAACGCGUGUUUUCAGUGUAAUUUUUAGGCAUAAAACAAUCAGUACAGAUUCUUGAAAGCACUUAAGGGGCUUGCAUAACAACUUUAUCUUCAUUUCUCCGCCAUAUAAUGUUACGGUCACCGCUCAAAUUUCACAGUUAUCCUGUGACGAUGAGACGAAUGCGCGCCAGUUCAGAGACUUGCGCUUAGAGGCUAUACCGCGCUAGAAGCACCAGCGAGCGUCGCGCUUAUCAUCCCGCCUCACUAACACACAUACACCCCUGACGAGGCGGGCCCCUUAAAGCGGGACCCCGGAAAAAAAUUUGGAUUUUAAGGUGUAAAAUAGUGCUAUUUGAGCAGUUUUCGGCACUUAACUUUAAAUAUUGUAAUGGUAAAAAUAUUAAUUUUUUAGUAAAAAAAUUGUUUGAGUGGUGAAGUAAAAAAUUAAUUAAAGAUAUUUUAAUAAAUCCAAGUGCCUUGUCCACGUCCUCUCAAAAUCAUACAUCAUGCUCGAAGCUUGACAAUAAAAAAAAAAGGAAUAAAAAUGGUUGGGUUUCGGCAGAACUGGCCUAUUCCUGGAAACAAUUAGCUUUAGCUUGAAGAGUUACCCAGUCACCACCUGCUUAUAAUUACCGCGCUGGUUAAAUACAAUAGGUGUAAGAUAUUUGAAAACUUGGGACCCGUCACGGCAUCACAACCUUAUAGCUUCUGCUCGCGACAGGGGUAGGGGAAGGGAAGGAGAAUCGGUAGGGCUCGCUUACUCUUCCCCUCCAGUGCAGUGGCCGGUGAUAGCAGUAAGACACCCAGGCUCUUAGCUAACCUGCUUUCAGAAGAUAAGAAAACAAAUGGGUGUUAAGGGGGGGGGGGGGGGGUUAGAACCCCUAAAACACCCCCCUGGCUACGCCCCUGAUGUUGACUGAUACAUGGACUUUAACAAUAUAACAAUUUGUAAUAAACAUGUAUAAUUACUGGAAACUGUUCCAAUGUCAUAAUGUAAAAAUUAGUUACUAAUAACUCUAUGCUAAAUAACUUAAAUUCAUUGAAUUUAAUAUAUUAAAAGAUUACAUUAUUCUAAUAUGAGUUGUUUUUUAUAAUAUGUGCCAAUAAUUUAAUGAUUUUUUGUAGCAUUUCAGUGUAAUAUGAUGUCUUGGCAUUCUUUUCAGUGUUAUUUCGGCUUUAUCGCAAUUCACCAUAUAAUCUUGUCCCUAGGCAUUCCCAUUUGAUGUCACUGCCCGUAAGGUGUGUUAUCUAUGGAACCUUGCUGUAGCAGGUACACUUAAGGCUUGGUCUCUCACACGAUGUUGAUUUUUUUUUUCCUUAAGAGAUAUGUCUUAAAUGAUCUCCCUGCAUUAUUCAGACACAAAUAUUUUCGACAGUUAUUCACUUAGUGUAAUAUUGUGGGUGUAAAUUGCUAUGGAAGUGAUGAAAAAGACUUUCACAUCUUUUUAUGCCCAUAAUAUUACACUAAGUGAAUAUUUGUAGCAAAACAAAUAUAAGGGAGGUAUCAAGGUAAAAUUUUAGAAAUAGCCCUCAAAUAUAAAUCAUGUCAUGACAAAAAAUUAAAAAAAAUUAAAAAUGGCAUGUUAGACCAAGCGCUGAGUCAUGAAAAAGUAAGGAAACUGGUGAAUUGGGUCUGUAAAAUUCGCAGAAUGCAAUUUUAAUUUCUAGCUACAUUUUGCUAUUUGACAUUUUUUUUGUGACUCCUCAAUUCAGUUUUAUAGUUGCACAUAAAAUAUAAAAACGUAAUUGAAGACUGUUCACUUAUAACAUUUAUACUUUUUGUCUGAAAAGGUAUUUAACUACCUAACUUAAAAUCGGAAAGUAUGAGCAAAUUGAUCUUUUUUGCAUAGGUUUAAUUUGGCUUACUAUUUAGUAUAUAAAUAUCACCAAGUGAUGUAAAAGAAAAGAGUUAUAAGAAAAUUUACUAACCGGUCCUUAAAAAGGUCUUGAAAUUGGUUCACCAGGUAUUUGUAUAGAAAGUGAUGUUUAAGGUCUUCUUAAAUUCCAUGUUGGUUUGGAUUUUUCACAUUUAGGGAUAAGAAUCAGUGAAGUGAACAUUACAUCACAAUAUUGUUCACAUCAUAUUUGUGUGAAAAGUUUGAAUAUAAUUAUGUCAAAAAGUUAAGUUUUUUGUUUUUCUGCAUGUACCUUGUUUCACUCUACCUCUAAAAUAUGAAUUAGUUCUAACACAUGAAAUUCUGGAUAUUCACUGGUGAACUAUUUGAUGUGGAAUGUUUAUAAUUAUUAUUAUUUUGAGAAGUUAUGUAAGAAAUAAUCUAUAAGUGCUUAAGAGACAUAAAAAAGAGAUGCUUUGUGGUUUUAACGUUUGUUUUUCAUUUUACCAGAUUACGUAUUGUAAAACGUAUUGUAAAAGUGCUUAUUUUAUUUCUAAUUUCAUUUCUUGAAAUUUGAAUUUAUUUUCAAUGUGAUAGUUGAGUUAAUACUUGAGAGAUCUUACAUGAUGCUUCAGAUUAAAGUUGCUUGGCUUCUGGGUUGUAGCUGCGUCCAAGGCGAAUGUAUCACCGACAUUUCGGUCGACAUUGUAGUCGCCAUCAUAAGGGUAGAGUUACGUACUGAGGUUAUUACAAGUUCUUCUGCCUGUCUUUUGUUAGAUGCAGAGCUAGGUUUUGAGGUUUUCUGAAGAGUGGAUCCCAUAUUCUGCUUAAUUUGUGGCCAUUUUCUCUAUAUUUGCUGGGUGUUUUAAUAUUUACACUGAUUCUCGAAUGUAUCUUUUCUUAUUUUGUUGGAUGUUGGAUAUGGUGUGGCAUUGAUCGAAAUCAAUGCUGUGUCUGGUUUUCAAGGAGUGUUCUGCUUUAGCUGAUUGUGGGUUUUCAUGUUUAUAGUCGCUGAUAUGUUCUUUAACCCUUGUGAUUAUUCGUCUGCCAGUUAGUCCUAUAUAUACCUUGCCACAAGAAUAUGGAAUCUUUCACAAACCAGCUAGGUUUUAGGCUGGAAAUUUGUCUUUCACAGAUGUUAGAGACGCCUCAAUCUUGUUUAUAGGUUUGAGAAUUGUAUGAAUUUUUUUUUAAUCCUAAGAAUUCUUUCCACUUUGUCUGAAAUUCAUUUGAUGUAAGGAAUGAAAGCUUUAUUAGGAAGAUAAUCUUUCUUUUGCUGAUGAGUUGGCUUCCUGGCCUUCUAGUCCAUUGAAAUGUUACAUUUUUUAGGCCUUACCUUGCAUUUUUUAGAGGACGCAAUUUUAUUUUUUUGAUGUGUAGGGGGGGUCAGUGUAAAGCUAAAACCAAGUUUGUGGGGUCGCCACCCUUGUCCCACGGCCGCCAUCUUGAAAAUAGGGGUUGAAAUGGUUUUUACGAUAUAUCUCUUAAACUAUUUAUUUGAUAAAAAAAAUUUGUUAACAUUUUUUGUUGCAAAUUAAAUUCUCUACAACUUUGGUCCAGUAGCUUUUUGUCGUAGAACUAUAAAUAAAAAAGUUAUAAGCGAAAAUAUUCAGAAAUUCGAGAAAAAAAAUUUAUAUUUUUUGAUAUAACUUUUUUUUUAUCAUUUAACAAAAAAAUGAUAUCUGACCAUUUUUGUAGAUCGUUUUUUGAGGAACAACUUUUAUUCGCAGCAUUUUUUCAUUAAGUCAAUAGCUAAGGUUUUACAGCGCUCCGAAGUGAGUACUAUUUUUCAGUACUCUGAACUAUACCUAAAUUAUACGUGUGUACUAAUAAUAUGUCAUCAGUUAUUGUUUUUUUUAUUUUGUUAUUAUAACUUUUUUAAUUACAAAUUUUGCAAUAUUAUUAAUCAUUAAUUAUUGACUUUUUUUCACUUCAUAACAGGAUUUAACAAUUAUUGAUUUUUUAAUAAUAAUUUUAAAUCUGAUGGCCGUUACCGAGAAUACUGAUCAGAUGCUGAACCGCAGCCUGGUCCAUCGGAACGACUGAGGACGGAGUAGUUCUAAUUUAGAAAAUCACAGUGGGUUAUGCCUAUUGGGGAUACCACGUAAAAAAAAACGCGCCUCUAGACUCUACCUCGUGGGUGGUGGGGAAAAGAGUCAAUAAUUAAUUAUUAAUAAUAUUGCACAAUUUGUAAUUAAAAAAGUUAUAAUAACAAAAUAAAAAUAAACAAUAACUGAUGACAUAUUAUUAGUACACACGUAUAAUAUAGGUAUAUUUAAGAGUACUGAAAAAUAGUACUCACUUCGGAGCGCUGUAAAACCUUAGCUAUUGACUUAAUGAAAAAAUGCUGCGAAUAAAAGUUGUUCCUCAAAAAACGAUCUACAAAAAUGGUCAGAUAUCAUUUUUUCGUAAAAUGAUAAAAAAAAAAAGUUAUAUCAAAAAAUAUAAAUUUUUUUCUUGAAUUUCUGGAGAUUUUCGCUUAUAACUUUUUUAAUUAUAGUUCUACGACAAAACGUUACUGGACCAAAGUUGUAGAGAAUUUAAUUAGCAACAAAAAAUGUUUAACACAUUUUUUUUAUCAAAUAAAUAGUUUAAGAGAUAUAUCGUAAAAACCAUUUAAACCCCUAUUUUCAAGAUGGCGGCCGUGGGACAAGGGUGGCGACCCCACAAACUUGGUUUUAGCUUUACACUGACCCCCCCUACACAUCAAAAAAAUAAAAUUGCGUCCUCUAAAAAACGCAACCCCAAAUGUAACUUUUCAAUGGACUAUUCCUAAUUUAUGAUUUUUUUUUUUUUUUAAUAAUAAUUUGCUUGGAGAGCACUUGUUAGAUGUUUCAUUUCUCCUUGGACGCAACUACAAUCCAGAAGCCAAGCUACUUCGGACAAUAGCCGAAAAAGCCUGCAGUUUUUAUUAAUGCUUGCCGUCCGCCGUAGCGUAGUCGGAUGCACACCGGCUUACAGUGCGAGGGGUCCUGGGUUCGAGUCCCGGGUAAGGCAUGGGUGUAAUAUAUACAUUCUCAUCUUUGAUAACGACUGGAAAUUGAGAUUCAACGCUGUGUUUAAUGACCCUUUGGCUAUGGGCGAAAGCUGUAGGCCACAUAACUAUAUAAAAAAAAAAUUAUUAAUGCUUGAGAUUGACUGUGUUUAUGCAGAGUUAACUGGCUGAAGUGUCCUGUGACAGUAAGAAGUACAUUAAAGAAGCAUGAGCUUGUUCUCACUAUGUGAAACAAAGUGAUUGAGGAUAAUAGGAAACUAGACCAGUAUUUGACCACAGUGAACUGCGGUUAUACCUCUAUGAUAUGUUCAUUCAACAUCAUAUUUACAUGAGAAUAAUAGUUAUUUUUGGUGUAUUUAAACACAUAGGCUAUCCAUGGACUAUCGCUAUCCAUGGACUAUCACUACUUCUUGGAAAGUAAAUUGAAACACAACCAAAUGCAAUGUGUGUGGUUUUCUGAAUUUUAAACAUGUCUCAAAAGGUUAAUGACCAAAUUUUUCUUAAUGCUUUUAAACUAAUCUUUCUUAUCAUCAAGUGUGACUACAAGUGCAUUGAAAUGAGUAUUCCAAAAGAUAUUGUUAAUGAAAUUCAUGAGGAUUUUGUGUGAUCAUGGAUAUUUUAACAUAAUGCUCUGACAUGUGAACUGUUUCUCCAUCUUUGUAGAAAUGAGAACUCAUUUCAGUAAAUAAGUACUUGCAUCUGAAAGGGAAAAAAAGUUGGCUUCAAAACAUUCAGAAAAAACUGGUCAAAAGCCUUUUCGGAACUUGUUUUCAAGUGCAGAAAAUCGUACAUCUCUGUUGCAUUUGUUUUCAUUUUUUCAAAUUGUAGUGAUAAUGUAUAGACAUCCUGAAUUUUGAAUAAUUUGAAAAUUCUGGAGUUGCAAAGAAUGAUCUAGGUUUCUAUGAUCAUCAUGCAUUAAAACAAAAGUUUUCAUUUUGUUUUUCCAAGCCAGAUGUUCACAUAAUGAAGGAUCCUGACAAAAUGACAUUACUCGAAGGAGUGAUGAAGGCACAACUUGAGAAUAUUAACAAUAAACAGAGCAGGGUGGUAUACAUUGGAUCUAGUGUAACUUUAAAAUUAAACAAACAUUAAGGUGCAGUUCACAUUGAAAACUGUGUAGUGUGAUGCCGUUACAACUUGCUUCUCUUGCCUUUAAGUCGCAGGUCCUAACAUCAUCACUUGUUAAUGGGAUACACUCAAAAAAAUACAGUACUAAGAUACCAAGAGAGGUUUAUUAAAAAAAAUUGUUAAAUGAGUAGAUGUAAACUAUUAUGUUGCAGCAGCAACUUUUGUCACGUAUAUUGGCCAAAAAUUUUGGGAAUGUAUCGGCAGAAGUGCACACACUACUACUAAAUACUUGCGAAAUUGGCCUCUUCUGAUGCAAUUUGACAUGACUCUUCAUAAUCACAAUAUGUUCAGGCAGACAAUUAUAAGCAAUGUAUAAUACAUAAAAUUACAUUACAAUUAACAUUCACAGUAGGUUCAAACUUUGUCCAUACAGUUGACAAAUAUUUAGGGUAGACUUUAUAUCUGAAAAUGAUCCUAGUAAUGUUGACAAACUUUGUUUACAGUAAUAUGGGCAGAUUGUUAGCAACUUUUUGCACUAUCUGGUGGAAAAAUGAGAGAAUUUGUAUUUGAGUAACUCAAUUCAACAGAGAAAAUAAAUUUUAGAGCAAACUCAUGAUUCAUACAACAUGCAGGGAUCCUGUGGAAAAACAAAGAGAACUCAAGGAAUUGAAGGUGUCUCUUAAAAAACCUGGAAAACAUGGGGAGAUUUUACAAUAUCUUUGUCACAAUACAGUAUGAGUAAUCUAUAUACUUUGCAGUAUAUUAAGGUCUUUAAAAAGGCAUUUAUUUUAAUCACAUAUUUGUAUUCUGUAAAUAAUCUGUAUCUGAUUUUUACUAACAUGAGAUACAAAAAAAAAUUUGUAUUAAAUUGAAGUACAGUCUAGUACUCAGUCUGACAAUGUCAAUAAUUUGUUGUUUAGAAGUUUGAUCAAAGAAAUAUGUUAAGUUUUUUUUUCUCCAGACUCUGUUUACUUAGUGCAGUAAUGUGCAGAAAAAUAUUUUUUAAUUGAUUCUGCAUGUAGUGUAUAUUUGUUGAAAUUUUGUUUAGUGUGCCUAAUGCAUCUGUUAUCUUGCCUGGUAGCCUGUUCAUACAGAAAAAAGGCGUUCACUUGGUCAAGGGAAAAUAUAGAUAUUGUUUGAAGUAAGAGUGUAGGUACUCUGACAUGACUGCAGCAAUGAACAGUAUUAGGUAAUGCUAAUAGUAGUAGUUUACAUAAUAUAAAAUGAGUAAUAAUGCAUUAUUGCAAAAUUUUAUAAUGUUAUUUAAUCUCAAAAUGUAACCAAGUACAAAUUAUAUGUAACAGGAUAAAGAACAGGUAUAAACAUAUUGUGAAUGCUAUGACAAGUAUAAUGCCUACAAAGAUUUGUACAUUAAGAUACCAAUAAAAAAAAUUCUAAAAAAUGGACAAUUUGCAUAUACCAGAUGAAAGUAAAUUGGACAGCAUUAAGCAGAAAGGAACCAACCCUCAAAAUUGAAAUUUUUAGGUUAAAACAUUCCUUGGAUGCAGAACAUCACAUUACACAUUUUAUUAAAAAGAACCAACCCAUAAGUGGCUUGAUAAAAUUUUUAUUCUACCUUGAAUAUUAUACUGAAAUGUAUCUGCUCUUACAACAUUCAGCUGAAUGGAACCAUGUUUGGUUCUGUUUAACUUAAUGCAAAAAAUUUCUUUAUAUGUUGCAGCAAAAAGAAUCAGGAUUAGUUGGUUCUUUUUUGUUGAAUAAAUGUUGGUACUACCUGUGUUCAGAUGUUUGCACCAAGUGAAGUUUGUUCCUUUGUGUGAAUAGUGUUUAUACUUAGUUAUUGUUACAGUAUUAUUUUAUGCACCAAUAUAUUAUUAUAAUUACUUCAGUGUGCUACAUUAAUGAUGUCAAGAGGAAAAAUAAUGACAGAAUUGGCCAAGAAUUUAAUUGAAGGUAAGGUUCUAAAAAGUUAUACCAUUUACAUCUAUAUCGACAUUAUAACUUUCUAGAAAAUGCUCAUAUUAUGUUAAGGUACUGUUUGUUGUAGUAUAAAACAGCUGUAAUUGUUUUAUGCAUGACAUAUUAAAAUAAUUUAAUAAAAAAUUAAACAUUUAAAUGCUAACAAUAUUGCAGUAAGUAUAGAGGUAAUAUUAGUCAUUAGAAUAAGUUAAAACAUAAUGGGAAUUAAUUUAAUCCUAAUGGCUGUACCAUUUUUGACAUGUUAAAUUGUUCAAAAGAAAUAUAAAUGUUUUUUUUUUUGCAUUGUUAGGUAACAAUAUUAUAAAUACUGCCUGUUCAUUGUUUCUUUUUCAGCAGAAAAAUUGGAUGUUCCAGAGAAAAUUCUUCCUGCUGUGUUAAAACCAUCUGAUAUUUACAGACGAAACCAAGGUCUUUUAAAUGAUAGAACUGAAAAACCAGCUGAUUUUGAAAUCACAGCAGACCUACUGCCUAAUAUUGACAUAACACCAAAACCACCAGACCUGGUAGCAACUCCAGCCUCAGACAUGCCUCAAGGAACAGAAACAGAUGCUGUAGACAUUUGCCCAACACCAUUAUUAAAUUCUGUUAGUGAAGGUAAGAAUACAAUAUUUUGGUUUAUUUACACACACACUACAAUCAACCUUGAAAAUUUCCUUACAUUUGUUUCAUGUUAACAUUUUCCAUAAAUGUUUCAGAUAAACAGAAUAACGAAUGGCUAGCCGCAUCUUGGAGUGACCAUCUUCCAGAUGUUCUACAAAGGGAUCACCUUUCAUCAAUAUUGGGAAAUGAAGACCAACCCUCUGCAGUGGAAAUGAUGUUACCAGUAUCAGAACUUCAAAGACAUACAAUAGAUUUUUCCACAGAGAUUCUACCUGAAAUACCUGAUGUUCCUAUUGUGCUGUACCAAGAACCCAUCUCAAUAUGCGAAACCCCGUGCAACAAUGAUUCAUUUGACUAUUCUGUAUUAGCAAACACCUCAGAUAGGCCUAACAUUUCAGAAAUAGAAUAUGAUAAAGCAUCAUAUAUUGGCAACAGAGAAAACACCAAUAGUAAUCUUUCUCCUGAAUGUCCCGAUGACCCUGACUGGCCGAUCGUCCAUGAAGAAACGGUUGAUAAUAAUGAACUGACCAACCAAAACAACACAGACGUGAUAGAUGGUGAUACGGAUGGAAAUGUAUCACAGAAGAAAAGAAGUGGAAGAAAAAGAAAAAAUGAAAAUCAAACCAAAAAAAUAGCCAAACAAAAGAGAAACAGCAAUGAAGAUUUUUAUAACUACAAGGGACAACUUGUACAAAGAAAACUUUUCAGAGAUUUUGAAUGUAAAUGUAUCCGGAAAUGUCACAGCCUUGUAAGUACAGCCACCAGGAAUGAAGAGUUCAACAAGUUUUGGAAACUGGGAGAUUAUAAUUCACAAAACAUGUACAUUGGCGCUUGUGUAAAAGAAGUUGGGAAGAAACGUCAAUAUACAAGCAGUACAUCCAAAAGAAAUUUCUCAAGAGUGUAUACUAUCAGAACUAUACCUGUGUGCCGAGAAACAUUCACAGAAACAUUUCAAAUCUCCAGCAAAAGGGUGAACACUGCAUUAUGCAAACUAAGAUCAGAUGACUUGCUGGACAAGCGAGGAAAAAAACAAGGUGGUUUAAACAAAGUCAGUGAUAAAAAAAUGGAAGAGGUUAUGGCUCAGAUAAACAAAAUACCUCGAUACAAAUCCCAUUAUAGAAGAGUGAAUACUGAUGCUGAGUUUCUUCCACCAGAGAUGACAUUACAAAAAAUGUACGAUCUUUACUUGCAAGAAAAAACUGAGCAAUGGGUGAAUGAGGGAGGAGAUGAAGAGAAAGUUAUAGAAUGGAAUGAAGCUAAUGAAUAUAAGAAAAAAGAAAUUAUUAAAGAAAUAGAUGCAGUCAGCUUCUCCACAUAUAGAAGAAUAUUCUUAACGAAGUUUGACUUGAAAUUUAAGAGUUUGAAAAAAGAUACUUGCAAGACAUGUGAUGCAUUUGCUGCCAGAUCAAGCACUGUAACUGGGAAGGAGAAAAAAGAAAUUGAAGAUGCUCACAACAACCACAAAGAUAUUUGGAUGAAUGCACGCCUUCAGUUAAGAAAGGACACAGAAGAAGCACAACAAGACAUUUCUUCUGAAUGCUUAACAUUUGACUUAGAGAAAACUUUACCACUUCCAAGAAUACCAGCAAAUAUUAUAUUCUAUAAAAGACAGUUAUGGGUUUAUAAUGCUGGUGUUCAUUCGUGUAAGACAGGAACUGGAUACUGCUAUGUGUGGGUUGAAAACCAAGCUGGAAGGGGAGCACAAGAAAUAGGAUCUUGUCUCAUAAAACAUAUACAGAAUCAUGUUGGAAACAAUAUAAAACAUCUAGUUUUAUGGAGCGAUUCUGCUGGCGGACAAAACCGAAACAUAAAGAUUGUAUUAAUGUUGAAAGCCUGUUUGGAGGACCAUCCCUCAUUACAAAGUGUUACUCUGAAGUUUUUACUUUCUGGCCACAGUUUUUUGCCUAAUGAUGCAGACUUCAGUGACAUUGAAUGUGCUCUGAAGCACGUCCAAAGAUUGUAUCUGCCUGCUGAAUAUAUAGAAGUCAUGAAGAAGUGUAGAAGGAAGAAACCUUUCAUUGUUAACAAAAUGCAGUCUCGUGAUUUCUUUGGUACAGAAAAAUUGGAAACAAUGGUUGUCAAUCGCAAAGUUACCCAAGAGAAAGAGAAAAUUAACUGGCUAAACAUCAGAGAAAUAAAAAUAAUGAAGGAAGAGCCUCUAAAAAUAUUUACUCGAACUGAUUUCCAGUCUUCGUAUUCUGUAGUUGAUCUCGAGAAGAAACCAACGAAAGGAAGACAAGUUCAACAGUUUAGUUACAGGAGUUGUCUUGUACCUAUGUGGGUUGGUGGUAAAGAUAUUGCUGCUCCAAAGCUUAAGGACUUAAAAUCAAUAAUGUCUCUAAUCCCAAAUGAUGCCAAAGAGUUUUAUCGUUCAUUAACUGGAAGUAGGUCUGUGGAAGACGAUAUAGAUGGUUUCUGCGCACCUUUGGAUUUCGAAACAGAAUAAAAUGUGUGAUUAAAAACUAAAUAAAACCGUGAUUACGGAACUGCAUUAUGUGCGAUUUUGUAAAAAUUUGAAUUAAAAAACACAAGAAACUAAUUGA